GAAAAAAAAGGCGGAAAGUGAUUUUUAUGGUAGUACAUAUGUGCCUGCGCCGUAUUCACUGAGACUUUACAACAGUUAGUUGAAAACUCGUCUUUUGAUUGUUUACGUUCUAUAUCAAAUAUUUUAGUGAGUUUUGCACAAAAUUCAUAUUAUAUACAUAUGUAUAUAUAUAUAUAGUAUUUUAUGUGUUAUGAAAUGCCGCGUACUUGUAAAAAUUCUACAGACAGCUUUUGCUAUAUUUGUGGUGAGUUUACUCUGAAAACACAGCGAAAUGCGAUAACAGAUCUUGUUAAAAAAGCUUAUCAGCUUUAUUUUGGAUUCCCUAUCGUUGAAAGGGAUAAAAGUUGGUUACCAAAAAUUUGCUGUAAUAGUUGUUCAAGAACGUUGAGAGGUUGGCUUGAAGGAAGUCACAAAUCUAUGCCAUUUGCGAUGCCAAUGCUUUGGAGUGAACCUCAGAAUCAUGAAAAUAACUGUUAUUUCUGCAUGACAUCAACACGAGGGUUCUCGAAAAAGAAUAAAAAUAAGAUUAUAUAUCCAAUCCUCUCAUCUGCAAAGAGACCAGUUUUUCGUGGUAAAGGCAGUUUACCUCCAUUAGCUCCAAAAAAGAGCGACAAGAUGGAAAAUAAAAAUACUUCUGGUCUUCAGUCUCAAUUGAGUUUCAUUUCUACCUGUACAUCUUCAUCAUCAUACACUUUAUCUGGAUCUUCAAGCCCAUCAAAAGAACCUUAA